UCUCAACCCAAAUUGUUGCGUCUGCCUGUAACCUUGCGAUAUAAGUGAAGACAAUCAACUCUUUGAUGAAACGAUUUCUGCUCGUACUUUUUUUUAAUUAUGAUCACUAUCAAAAGACAACCUUCUUCGAGUUACGUAUCGUACCAACGCGGUGACAUACCCCUCGUCCUCACGGUCCCACACGGCGGGUAUACCGGUGGCAAGGAAAUACCCGAUCGUCCAGAAAAGGGCGGCAACGUAUUAGUCAACGACGGAUACACGGUUGACACGGCUCGAUUACUUUCUGAAUAUAUUACCGAUUAUUAUGGUAGUCGGCCGUAUAUGGUGAUAUGUAAUGUCCGUCGACGUAAAGUGGAUGUCAAUAGACCUUUGGAUUUGUCGACGGAGUCUGCUGAAGGGCAAGCAGUAUGGAAGGAAUAUCAUCAAACUGUGCAACGUGCAGUGAACGAAAUCCGCGCUCGCCAUAAACAACAAGGUCUACUACUGGACAUCCAUGGACAUUCGCGACACGAUCUGGUUAUGCUUGGUUAUCUUUUGCACAAGAAUGAGCUUAUCCAGUUGCAAGACGAUAGAAACCGCACGGAUCAAGCUGUGCUCAAGAAAUCAUCCAUCCAAACACUCGCAGCACGUAUUUCUAUACCAGAACAUCCCAGUGAACUCUUACGAGGUGACGGCUCUUUUGGUGAGCUAAUGGAAUAUUCAGAAGAAACUGUGAAGGCUGUUCCUUCUUCGAGUCACCCGGCGCCUUUGCAGGACGAAUUUUACUACUCGGGCGGCUAUACAACGCACGCAUAUCAUAAAAAUGAUUCUAACCGUAAUGGAUUGGAUGUUAUCCAGAUUGAAUUGCCUCGGUAUUUACGUUUAACGCCAGAUCAGCGACAGGUUGCGGCAAGAGCUAUCACAGGAGCUGUUACAUACUGGCUCGAUCAAUACUAUCAACCGGUCAUACUUGACAAAGCCAAACUUUAAAAAUGAAGUGGGAAGGGCUCUCGUAGACAUAUUAUGUACUAUACAAGGGAACAUGAAAGAUGUGCCUAUUCUUACUGCUAUUGCUCAGUUGAUAUAUAAAAUUAUAAUCUACACCACUAGCACUCAUGGUGUAUUAUAAAUGUGGGCUGUAGUAGUAGAUCAUACUAAGUUCAACCAGGAGGUAGAAUGAGUCGGUGAAAUGUUAAUGUACAUACCCCGCUAGUACUCGUUAAAUCUUUUAAGCAC